AUGGCGGGCGAGGUUCGCCAGCCCAUCGACGUCGCCUCGUUGUCGAGGUACAUUGAUGCAAACGUGCCGGAGAUCAAGACUCCGAUUGACGUCAAACAGUUUGGCUACGGCCAGUCCAACCCGACCUACUUGCUUACCUCGGUGCCAACGGGCGCGCGGUUCGUGCUGCGCAAGAAGCCGCCGGGCCAGUUGCUGUCCAAGACGGCGCACAAGGUCGACCGCGAGUAUCGCAUCCUUGCCGCGCUGUCGCGCCAUACCGACGUGCCUGUGCCGCGGGCCUACUGCCUGUGCGAGGAUGACGGCAUCAUCGGCACCGCCUUCUACAUCAUGGAGUUCCUCGACGGCCGCAUCUUCGAGGACCCCAGCCUGCCCGGCGUGAGCGUCGAGGAUAGGACCGAAAUGUGGCACGACGCCAUCCGCACGCUGGCCAAAUUCCACCGCGUCUCGCCCGCGUCCAUCUCCAUGUCCAAUUUCGGCAAACCCACAGGCUUCUUCAACCGGCAGCUUGCAACCUUCGCCACCAUCUCCGAAGCGCAAGCGCAAACCAAGGACGUCGAUAGCGGGGUGCCCGUCGGCAAGAUCCCGCACUACGACGACAUGGUCGCCUUCUUCAGCAACCCGGCCAGCCAGCCGCGCGACCGCAGCAGCUUCGUCCACGGCGACUACAAGAUUGACAACGUCGUCUUCCACAAGACCGAGCCGCGCGUCAUCGGAAUCCUCGACUGGGAAAUGUCCACCAUCGGCCACCCGCUCUCUGACCUAGCUAACCUCCUCAGCCCUUACGUCACCGCCGCCAGUGGCGUCAGCAUUGGCGCUGGCGGUAAGGGUACUCAGUCCUUUCAGCCUGGCGCCACGCCCGGCCUUCCCGCCCACGACGAGCUCGUGCGCCUGUAUGCCGAGACGGCGGGGUGGAAUCCGGCACCCGAUAUUUUGUGGGGAGAAGCGUUCAAUCUGUAUCGCGGUGCUGUGAUUCUGCAAGGUAUUGCAGCCAGAUAUGCAAGACGCCAGGCGAGUUCGCUAAAAGCAAAGGAUUAUGGAGAUGGCAUGAAGCCGAUGGGCGAGUUGGCUUGGCGUUUGGUACAGGAAAUCGGGCAAGGAAAAGGUAAAUCGAAGUUAUAG